CCCUCUGUUUCUUUCAAGACCACCGCCAUUCAAAGUUUCUCACAUUCUCCAAUCUCCAGUUUCAUUCCGGCAGCUUUUAUGGACGUCGGCGUUGACGUGACGGAGAACGGCAAUGGGGAGCAGCCUCAUUCAGCAUUGAUCUUUUUAGGUACUGGAUGUUCGAGUGCCGUUCCUAACGCAAUGUGCCUGAUCCAGCCCUCUGAUCCACCCUGUAAAGUCUGCUUCCAGUCAUUCUCGACUCCACCUGAACGUAAUCCUAAUUACAGGUGCAAUACGUCUCUUCUGAUUGAUUAUAGUCCGAGAGCUGGGGAGCAUAAGUACAUACUAAUUGAUGUUGGGAAGACAUUUAGGGAGCAAGUACUCCGGUGGUUCACUUUCUAUAAGAUUCCUCAAGUUGAUUCUAUUGUUUUGACUCAUGAACAUGCGGAUGCAGUUCUCGGUCUGGAUGACAUCCGUGCAGUGCAGCCAUUCAGUCCAAUAAAUGACAUUGAACCUACACCUAUAUUCCUCAAUCAGCAUGCAAUGGAGAGCUUAAAAGUGAAAUUUCCCUACUUGGUUCAAAGGACACUUAAGGCUGGUCAGGAAGUUAGACGCGUAGCACAACUUGAUUGGAAAAUAAUUGAGAAUGAUUGUAAGAGACCAUUUGUUGCAUCCGGACUAGAAAUUGUACCCUUGCCAGUGAUGCAUGGGGAGGAUUAUAUUUGUUUAGGUUUCUCAUUUGGAAAAAAUAGCAAAGUAGCUUAUAUAUCUGAUAUUUCACGCUUUAUCAAAGAGACAGAACUCUAUAUUUCUAAAAGAGGUGGUCAACAGCUGGAUCUUCUGAUAAUUGAUACACUUUAUAGGAAUGGAUCACAUAAUACCCACUUUUGCUUCCCACAGACACUUGAAGCCAUUAAACGGUUGCAACCAAAGAGAGCAUUUUUAAUCGGGAUGACUCAUGAAUUUGAUCAUCAAAAAGAUAAUGAAUUCCUUCAGGAUUGGUCUAAAAGAGAAGGAAUUCCGGUUCAGCUUGCACAUGAUGGUUUAAGGAUACCUAUACAUCUAUAACGAUUCUACUCCGAUUCACCAAUAUACACAGUUGGCCAUACUAAUGAAGGUAUACCAUAUAGUCGUAGACUAUCAUUGGACCCGAGACACAAAGAAAUCGUUAGAAAUUGGCCAAGAGUUGUAUUCUCUUGUCAGCUGAAGCUGUAUAUUCUGUUAUAUGUAGUAACUAAUGGAGUAUUCCAAAGUUCUGUGAGAUAUCAAAUCUCUUGAAAGGAUUUUGAAGUUCUUUGUGGUUUUAAUGUGCUGUUAAUGUUGUCCAUAUCAGUUAUUACAUCAAAUUGGAUUGUG